UUGCAAUAAUUGUAUGGAAGUUAGUGGUAGGUGAAUUAUGAUGUUUGAAAAGCAAGGUGUUGAUGAAGCAUAAGCAGGUGAUUUAGUGACAUAAAAUGGGAAAAGGCGUACUUAAAAAAGGCGAUUAACGAAGCAGAAAGCAGAAAGCAGAAAGCAGAAGGAAUAAUCUGGAAAUGAAUGAUGAAUGGUCCGUUCCGUUUGCAAUUAAUGAGGCCAUCUACCAACUGCCACAACAGUUGGCGCCAUGAAACCCCGGUGUACUUGAAUCCCAUAGCAGUAGAUUUGAUUAUUUAGAAGGUCGUGUACGACUGAAUAACCAUGUGGCUUCUAUGCUCCCCAAAAUCUCACCUCUUGGUGCUCCACAACCCUUCCUUCCUCUUGCACCUUCACCAUUGGCUCCAUUUACCAAUACCUCUGAACCAAAAUUAUCAGGACUCUGCACUCUGAACUUUACUACCGUAGAAAGUUUGAUAAGUGUGACAGCAAUUGAUUGCUGGGAAGUUUUUGCACCAUUUCUGGCUAAUGUAAUAUGUUGUCCCCAACUGGAAGCCACUCUCACAAUUCUUAUUGGUCAAUCCAGUAAAUAUUCUGAUGUACUUGCCUUAAAUGGGACCGUUGCUAAACAUUGCCUUGCAGAUGUGGAACAGAUUUUGAUGGGCCAGGGUGCCACUAGUAACCUAAAGCAGAUAUGUUCAAUCAAUUCUUCAAAACUCACUGAGGCAUCUUGCCCGGUAAAAAAUCUGAAUGAUUUUUAUGACAUGGUGGAUACUACUAAGCUCCUGACUGCCUGUAAGAAAAUUGAUCCAGUGAAAGAAUGCUGCUACCAAGUAUGUCAGAAUGCUAUAUUAGAAGCAGCUACAACAAUUGCAUCAAAAGGUUCUGAUGUUUUGGCCAUAGAUGCACCACAAGUUCAACCUGAGCACUCAAUUCGGGUCAAUGAUUGUAGAAAUAUUGUUCUCCGGUGGGUAGCUAGUAAACUUGAACCUUCUCAGGCCAAGAAAGUUCUCAGAGGACUGUCUAAUUGCAACGUGAACAAAGUUUGUCCACUGGUUUUCCCUGACACGAAGCAAGUUGCCAAGGGUUGUGCGGAUGGGAUGAGUAACAAAACAGCCUGCUGUAAUGCUAUGGAAAGCUAUGUGUCUCACUUGCAAAAGCAGAGCUUCAUCACGAACUUGCAAGCUUUGGACUGUGCAGAAACUUUGGCAACGAAAUUGAAAAGAUCAAAUAUUACUGCAGAUGUUUAUGGUCUUUGUCACAUAAGCCUUAAAGACUUCUCCCUCCAAGUUGGAAAUCAAGAGGCCGGUUGUCUAUUACCUAGUUUGCCUUCAGAUGCUACAUUUGACAGGAUUUCUGGGAUCAGCUUCCUUUGUGAUCUAAAUGAUAAUAUUCCAGCUCCCUGGCCUUCUACAUCUCAACUGGCCUCUUCAUCAUGCAAUAAAUCUGUCAACAUCCCUGCUCUUCCUGCAGCAGCAACAAAUCAAAGUUGCCUCUACAGCCGUGACACUCUGUUUCUUGUGCUUGUUGCUUUGUCGUUUCUCUUGAUGGCGACCGUGUAAUUAUGAGGGUUUCCUUGUUAAAUGAAGCUUUCCUAGUUCUUCAACCAGGAUAGAUUUUGCCUGGGUGUUGUGCCAAAGAUUAAUUAUUUGUGACCGGUUCUAUGAGAAAGAGAAAUUUCAGCUGGAGGUGAUGUCCAAUCUGUUUCGGAUCAUAUUUAUUCACAAUUCUUAUUGUGUGCUUGUGUAAUAAAUUUUUUGUAUAUAGAAAAUUUAGGAAGGAUAGGCUAUACAGGAACUUAUUGAGAUUGAUAUGUAAACCUGGAUUUUGCAGUCGAAGAACGUUUUGUAAUCAUCCAUUUCAAGUAUAAUAGGAAUUGCCAGUGCUAUAU